AUGGCGGCGGAAGCAAAACCCGAGAUUGGGGCCAUCAUAGGUGGUACCGUUGGAGGCGUCGCCGCCAUUGCUAUCGGGGUUUCUUGCCCCUCUUCCUCGUCCUUCUCGCCUUCUCCAGCCAUGCAGCAACAGGAGCAGCAACAGCAGCAGCAAAAGCACCGCCGGAUCCACAGAACAAACAACAUCUCCAAGUCCCGGCCCUGUCUGAACAAGCGGCAAUCUGUCUUCUUCGCCGCCGCCGCCGCCGCCGCCGCCACCUAG